AGAAGAGCUCCAAUGGCGCGAAUAAACAAGGAGCUUCUCACUCUGGGUGCAUGCUGCCGGGUAGCUAACGCUUGUUUAUUAAGUAAACUUAACUGAAUUAUUCAAUUUGAAUCGAUAAACGUUUCGGUUCACGAGUUGAACAUACAGCUAGUGUUUCGGCGAAGCUCGGUAUCUUGUCGUCACUUCGCAGAGAUAAAAUAUGUCGGACGCUUUGUCAGAUGACGGCAGCGACAUCAACCAAGAUGAAAGUCAGGAGGAUGUUAUGACCCCGGCGGAGCUGAUCGCCAAACUGGAAGAAGCUUGGCUGAACGAGAAGUUCUCCCCGGAGCUGCUGGAGAACAGGUCUGAGGUGGUGGAGUGCGUGAUGGAGCAGCUGACUCACAUGGAAGCCAAUCUGCAGCGGGUGAAGAAGGGUGACGCCAAGGCCAGCAUCCAUCGCAUGGAAAUCGACAGGAUUCGCUUCAUGCUCAGCAGCUACCUGCGCUCUCGUCUGCAGAAGAUUGAAAAGUUUUUCCCGCAUGUCCUGGAGAGAGAGAAGUCUCGAGGCGAGGGUGAUCCGUCGCUGCUUUCACCUGAGGAGUUUGCCUUCGCCAAAGAGUACUAUGCCAACACAGAAACCUACCUGAAGGCUGUGGCACUGAAGCGAAUGCCCCCUAAUCUACAGACAGUGGAUAUGCUCAAAGCAGUGCCUGAACCUAGUUUGGACUCCUUUGUGUUUCUGCGGGUGAAGGAGAGGCAGGAAAACAUCUUGGUGGAGCCUGAAACAGACGAUCAGAGGGAGUAUGUUGUGGAUCUUGAAGAGGGCUCUCAGCAUCUAAUGCGGUAUCGAACUAUAGCACCACUUGUUUCAAGUGGAGCUGUGCAGUUGAUAUGAAUGUAGAGGUCUGUUGGUGUGGAUGUUUUGGCUCCAGAAGGUCAGAAAAUGAGCGACACUAAAUUUUUGUAAAACUGGAGUAAUGGGGAAGAUCAACCUGCAGAGAUUGCUUCUGGAAAGGCACCCAGUUGUUCAGAUUAAGAGCUCAUUUGUGGGACUCAAAUGCAGACAUGUGUGGCAUCGUGUCUUCAAGUCAUUACUGGUAUUGUGAGAAGUUCCCGCUGACGAAUGAACUCUGCCCACCAAAGCAGCUUUUGCAGUGCAGCGAUGUUAUUUUUGGAUCUUUUUAAUCAUGUCACAACAUAAGUUUGGUUACAUAAUCGUAAUGUAUUCUGGUGUGUGUGUGUGUGUGUCUGCGAGACUUGUAAAUACAAAUCUAGUUACUUAUCCAGAUGACUCACAGUAUUGGCCUUUUUCCUCCACCGCUCCAUAACAAGCUGCGUCAAAUGACUGGAAGGUGAAAUUUCAUCAGUUGACUUGGCAUCGGAGUGCUUUCUCUCCCAAGGUGCACAUGUUUAUGAGCGUGCACGUUUGAAAGAACCCUGUCUCUAUAUUUUAAUAACAUUCAGACUAAAACUAAUGUGCAUUACUGUCAUUAGAAAUAAUAGAAAUCCUGUUAAUGUUCGGAUUACUUAUCCUCGUCACCUUGGCUACCAGACACAGAGCAGUGUAGUAUUUGUUUCAAUGCUCUGCAUAACAAAUUUACAGGUUUUUUGGGGGUGGUUGUGUUUGUAGUUUUGCCCUGAAAGGAUCUGUGGAUCAUUGUCUUUCUGAGACAUAAUUGUUGUAAUAGCAUGGUUAUGUAAGCGCUUCAGAGGGAGCAAUCAGUGCUCAUUGUUUGCCCUCGCAAAUAGCCCAGUAAUAGCAACUAAUAAGGGACUGAGGGAGAGUGAGCGUAUCAAAACAGAAUCACAAGUCCUCAGACUCUUUGUCUCUUCAAAUGCACUGCUAAUCGAGCUGAUACAGACUCUAAUGGACACUAAUGGAUGUGGUCUAUAGUGGUCCCAGUCUUCUUGAGAGAUUAUGAAUCAUACACUGUUUUCCUAGAUCACAGAGAGAUGAUCUAAGCUUGAAAGGUCAAGUUGGCUUAGACGCCUGAAGAAUUAGAGCUGCAAUUAUUGGUCGAUCAAAGGAAAAGUAGUUUCUAACUGUUUUGAUAAUCUGUAAUUUUUCAAGCAAAAUUGCUAAACAUUUGCUGUUUGUAGCUCUCAGCUGUGAGGUUUUGCAGAUUUCUCUUUGUCAUCAGUGAGUGUAAAUGAAGAGUUUGGGGCUUUAGUGACAUGAUGAUUUUGGACAUCUGUGAUGAGCAUUUUUCUCAGUUUAUCUUUUUCAUUUUACAGUUGAUUGUUCAGUCUCAUUCCCAGGUCAUCACAUACUGACGGUUUGAGUCAAUAUUCAGCUUGAAAUUCUGACCCAAAGGUGCAACCUGGAAAUGAGACUCAACAGUCAUCUCUCUUUCUCCAGAAUUGCCUCCCGUACCUUUUUGAUUGAUGAAUUGUGAAAAAAUAUUGCAAGAUUAAUCAAUGAUAAAAAGAAAUGUUGCAGCCCUAACAGGAAUACUAUUGUACCAAAAUGUUAGAAUGUGAAAGCAAGCUUGGACUUGAUGAUAAUGAUGAUAUAAGAAGAAUAAAAACUUCUGUAAAUGA